AUGGCUAUGGCUACUAUGGCUACUUUGGCUACUGAGACUCAGUUUCAUGUUCUUGCUGUUGAUGAUAGCCUUAUUGACAGAAAGUUGAUUGAAAGGCUCCUCAAAACCUCUUCUUAUCAAGUCACAGCAGUGGAUUCGGGAAGUAAGGCUUUGGAGUUUUUGGGUUUGAAUGGAAAUCUUGAGCAGAUAGAUUCAAACCGAGCCUCUGUUUUCCCUGACCAUCGUCAUCAGCACAUUGAAAUCAACAUGAUCAUUACAGAUUACUGUAUGCCUGGAAUGACAGGCUACGAUCUUCUAAAAAAGAUCAAGGAAUCUAAAUAUUUUAAGGACAUCCCAGUUGUGAUCAUGUCCUCAGAGAAUGUCCCAUCAAGAAUCAAUAGAUGCUUAGAAGAAGGAGCUGAAGAAUUCUUCUUGAAGCCAGUCCAAUUAUCAGAUGUCAACAAACUUAGACCCCAUCUAAUGAAGGGAAGAUGCAAGGAAGAAGAUCAACCUAAUAACAAGAGAAAGGGCAUGGGAGAAAUUAUCAACUCCCCUGAUAGAACCAGAACAAGAUACAAUGAUGGCUUGGAAGUUGUCUGA